CAAAAGUGGCAAAGUUUCCAAGCAACCAGUGGAGCGAAGGCUUUACCAAGGAUUUAUAAACACUCGAUUCACUGUGAUUUAUGUGGUGGAGGAAUGUAGACCACCUUUAAAACGAGCGGUGGGAGUUCUGCAGCUCCUCAAAUCCCACUUCUCAGGAGAGGAGACGGCAGCAAACUUUCUUCAUUUUACACGACCGCUUUGGACGAAUAGAGGAGACAAUGUUACCAGAGAUCCUCACAACGAUGGAGGUUUACAGUCUGUGUGGAGUCACCCCCGUUGUGCUUCUUCUUCUGCUGCUGCUGCUGUUUCUGCUCAUCACCACCUGGAGCCAAACACAGAGUUCACACAUACCAGGUCCCUGUUUCUGUGCAGGACUUGGUCCAAUCCUUUCUUAUAGCAGAUUCAUUUGGACCGGGAUUGGAACAGCCUGCAACUACUACAACAACAAAUAUGGCAGCACCGUCCGGGUCUGGAUCAAUGGGGAGGAAACCAUCAUUUUCAGCAGGUCCUCUGCAGUGUACCACGUUUUGAGGAGCCCUCACUACACAUCCAGAUUUGGGAGCAAAAGAGGCCUUGAGUGCAUUGGGAUGGAGGGGAGGGGUAUCAUUUUCAACAGCAAUAUCCUACUCUGGAAACAAGCUAGGACGUACUUCUCUAAAGCUCUGUCAGGCCCCAGCCUUCAGCGGACCGUGGGAAUCUGUGUGAGCUCCACAGUCAAACACCUGGACCACCUCCAGGACAUGACCGACCCCUCUGGACAUGUGGACGCCCUCAAUCUCCUGAGAGCCAUCGUAGUGGACAUCUCCAAUAAAUUGUUCCUCAGGGUUCCUCUCAAUGAGAAGGAGCUGCUUAUGAAAAUCCAUAACUACUUUGAAACCUGGCAAACGGUUCUAAUCCAGCCUAAUAUCUUUUUCAAGAUCGGAUGGCUUUACGACAAACAUAAAAAAGCAGCCCAAGAGCUGCAGGAUGCAAUGGAGAGUCUGCUCGAAAUCAAAAGACAAAUCAUUAAUGAAACGGAGAAGCUGGAUGACGACCUUGACUUUGCAACAGAGCUCAUCUUUGCACAGAACCACGGGGAGCUCUCUGCUGAUAACGUCAGGCAGUGUGUGCUGGAGAUGGUGAUCGCAGCUCCCGACACACUCUCCAUCAGCCUCUUCUUCAUGCUGAUGCUGCUGAAACAAAACCCGAAAGUGGAGCUGCAGCUUGUGGAGGAGAUGAGCACCGUUUUGGAUGAAACAGCUACGGAAAACGUCGAUUAUGAAAGACUAAAAGUGAUGGAGAAGUUUAUUAAUGAAUCCAUGAGGUUUCACCCUGUGGUCGACUUCACUAUGCGGAAAGCUCUGGAGGACGAUGACAUCGAAGGUACCAAGAUCAGGAAAGGAACGAACAUCAUCCUGAACAUCGGACUCAUGCACAAGACUGAGUUCUUCCCCAAACCCAGAGAGUUCAGCCUGACCAACUUUGACAACCCGGUGCCCAGUCGCUUCUUCCAGCCCUUUGGCUGCGGGCCUCGCUCCUGCGUCGGCAAACACAUCGCCAUGGUGAUGAUGAAGGCCAUCUUGGUCACCCUGCUCUCCCGUUACACAGUAUGUCCACGCAAAGGCUGCACUGUGAGCAGCAUCAGGCAGACCAACAACCUGUCACAGCAGCCUGUGGAGGACGAGCACAGUCUGAGCAUGCGCUUCAUCCCCCGCAGUCAGAACCAAAGCACCAUCAGCUCUGAAUAAUGAGGAAGUUCUCACCUUUCAGAUAACAAUACCCAACUAACGUAUUAGUGCACCGAGUUCAAAGAAGGUAGAAGAUACAUUUAUCCCCUUACAGAUGUCUUCUCUUUUUGCUUUUUGUCACACUUAAAUGACAGAUCCAACAAACAAAGGUAUUAUCAAAUGAAGAUUACCUGAGUAAAUAAAAAAGCAAUUUUUUAAUAACGAUUUAGAAACCCACUUGUGAAAAAGCAAUAUCCACCUAAAUCUAGUCACAACAAUAACAACCUUUGGCAACGACUGGUGCAAUGAACCUUUUUGCAUUAACUGACAAAGAAAAAUAAAGAUAAUUAUUUUCUUCACAACAGACGUUUUUCCCAAUGAUGCAAUAGGCA